UUCACUGAAGUAGAAAUGUAAUUUACUUCCUCUUUCGAUUUACUAAAUGGGACCGACAGGGCAUAACUAUUAGACUCUACCCUUUUCCAAUACAGAUUCCACAGUGGACAUGAGAUGCAUCAUCCUAUGUAGUCCAGUUGGCCGGUAUGUCUACAUUCUCUACAAAAAAGUCAAAAUGAUACGUGACAGAGGGGUAUUUUGGACAGACUGCUGGGAGUGCCUGAAUAUCAUUUUUACCUGGUUCCGAUUGAUCAAGUGUGUCAAGUUUCUCAGAGAUUGUUUGAAAUUCAAAAACAAACCCGAGUACCAAUAUAGACGAUUAAGCAGUAUUAAGAUUGACCGAGAUGAAACAGGCGAAACAGUGCAUCGGUUGCGUGAAGAAAUAGAACAUAAAGACAACAAGAUACAUGAACUACAAGAACAAAAUCGAAAAACUGCACUGGACAAACGUCAUGCAGAGGUGGAAAAACAAGAAGCUUUAACAAGAUUGAGCGAGUUAAUGUCCGUAAAACUGCGAGACAACAAUCCGAAUAUCGCGGACCUAAACGAUCCGUUCAGACCAACGAAGUUGGCUGAGAUGUUUAGUGAAUUGUACGACAACGAAUGGACAGCUCUUUACACAGUAUUAGAAGAUAGUUCGAAGUUCAAAGACAGACACAUGAUUAACUUCUUGCUCGAUGUUUUCAUGGUAUCAUUCACAUUUUGCAAAACGGAGCUUGAAGCUAACUGGCAGUUAGUUUCCAAAUGGUAUUUGGACGAUAAUGUACCUAACAACCAAGCUGUGAAGAAGACGUUAAAAGAUAGGAGGAAGUUAUUCGUUCCACGUGUUCUUCCGGAAAUGGAAAAUAAAUUGUAUACCUUACUCUGUGGUUUGUGCAAACUCGAAAGCCUUCAGUUUGUUUUGUCGAGUUGUCAAAUGAAAGAAUACGUGGCAACUUGCGUGAAAUUGAGUUUGCUGAUGAACGCGAACGAUCCACCGGUGGCCAUUGAAUGUCCGGGCUGGGUUCCAUGCAUAUCGCAGAAAGAGUCAAUCUAUCAGCCGAAACAUGAAGAAGAAUCCGAUUUACUCACACAUGAGGGGAAUGCACAAAUUCCCACCAACGUUGAUGGUGAUGGCAGCAACCAGACUUAUACAUCGGAUCUUAAAGAGAGACGGACGUUUAACAAAGAACUCUUUAAAGAAUACACUGUGAGAGGGAAAUACGUCGAGUUUUUCGUGUGGCCAGUGAUGUAUCUGCACGAGAACGGACCGGUGUUGGCCAAGGGCAUUGCUCAAGGUGCCGAAGACAAAGUGAUAUCAGAUGAUGACCACCGAUGGGUGUGGUGGUAGACCUCCGAUAGUUUGUAAAAAACAAAAACAAGUAGCACUUAGUAGUAAAUAAUUAGGAAAAAUUUUAGUUAAUUCUAUUGUCUCUUAAGAUUUUUGUUUUUGGAAUAGCACAAAUUAAUGUGACCAUUUUUUUCCAUGUUUAUAUGAUUUAUUCUGUGUGCAGGGGGUUUUGUUUUUCAAAACAGAACAAUUACAAGUAAUAAUGGUUAUACAAUUGCAUAUGACCACACAAAAUGAGAAUAUGUACCAUUUGCGAUUUUAAGGAAGAUUUGUCACGUUGUUUGUCAGACAAUAGUUCACUUUUGGAGGGUUUACCCGUUUAAGCGUUGUAAAUAGAACACAAUGACUGAACAUUCUGACUCGACAUUGUCCAGAGUGCUUGAAAAUGUUGCAUUAUGUUAACUACACACUCUACGUGAUAGUGUACAUGUCUCUUCAAAUGACAAGUUCGUUAAAUGUAUAAUCACACAUAAGUUAAUGUGAUACAAUACUGAUUAAUCGAGCGUUUUGCUCCACGGUAUUUCGGAUGGAAACUAUGAUGACAAGCCCAACAGCCAACACUUUACGAAGGCCCCAUUUUAAAGAACAAGUCUAAGACCAAACAGACACGCAAGUUUUUAAUUGCAUUUAUUAAAUGCUUUCCGGAGAUUUAUCGUUGAAUUAAAACAUAUUAUUUCACUGUUUCAAACAAUUGCCUUGUAUGUCAAAAAUAAAUAUAAUACGGGA